UCAUAACAAUAGGAGGGGACGGACAGAGCUGGGUUAGUCAAGAAGGAGGUCGAAGUUUACCGAGCCUGCGCCUGGCUGGUAUCAACAAGACACGAGGCCGAAGACAUGAUAAAAUAAAUCGAACCACCGGAAUUGCACGCGAUAUUUAAUGAACGGUUCGUGCGGAGUUUCGGUGGGAUUGCACGGUGGUGGUUACAUGUGGUCGUAGCUAGCUUAUCUUGAUAGAAGCAAGUGAAGACAGUUAGCCAACCAUCAAGCCUAGCGAGAAGUGUCCCAGAGAAGUAGCGGGCUGAAGGCAAGUGGUUCUUCGACGAAUCGUUUGACAAAAGGAGCAGUUGGACAUUUUAUAGCCAGCCAGCUAGCGAGACGGAGUCGCAUACCGUGCUCACAACACCGGUAUCGUGAUAUAUGCUCUUUCGUGCUUUAACAUGCCUUCUAGCGCUCGUUGUUGAAGCGUCUGCCUACUACUGUCUGCAGACUGUUUUGGUGCAGCAACGAGUGCCUGAUAGCCACACGCUAYCUAGCUGAUAUUACACGGGUAACUAGCUAACAGCGUGGAUCUACUGUCUCAUUAUCUCGCUUUAACGUCAAAAGACCAAAACUAACAAGCACAUUUUGUUGUCAACUCGGAGGCAGAGUUGUUAGCCAGAUAGCUAGCUAAACCGCUGACCAGUCGGUCAAGAGGAGCAACAUUUCCUCGCCUGAUAAUUUCGCCUUGCUGUGUCAUGACGUUAAAGUGCAAGUCAAGUCAUUUCAAAGAGUAUGCGAGAUAACAACAUUUGGCAUAAGUAGAAAGGGGGGGGGGGGGUCAGGAAUCCUUCAUUAAAGUUGGCUACUGUCGACCGUAGUUGAACCAAAGGACUGUAUUUSUAGGUCAGUCUCGACAGCAAAGAAUGAAGAAGUUUUCCCGUAUGCCGAAGUCGGAGAGCGGCGGACCGGGAGGAGGUUCCGGGUCCGGAUCGAGCUCUGGAGUCGUCAGUAACUACUUUGGGAAAGUGUURGCCGUGGGCCGGUAUCAAGUCACGGUGGAAGAACUCAUAGCAGAAGGUGGGUUUUCUGUGGUGUUUCUGGCCCGGACACACAGUGGCAUGCACUGCGCUCUCAAGAGGAUGUACGUCAACAACGUUCCCGACCUCAACAUCUACAAGAGAGAAAUGUAUCACUAUUAUGGUGGCAUAGUGCUCUCUAAGGAGCUGUCUGGUCACAGGAACAUAGUGAACUACCUGGACUCUACCAUCAACUCAGUAGGGGACAGUGUCUGGGAGGUGCUCAUUCUCAUGGAGUACUGUAAAGCUGGUCAGGUAGUGAAGCAGAUGAAUCAGCGUCUCCAUAUUGGGUUUACAGAGCCGGAGGUGUUGACCAUCUUCACUGAUACCUGUGAGGCUGUGGCCAGGCUACAUCAGUGUAGAACCCCUGUCAUACACAGGGACCUGAAGGUACACGACCUGUCCAUAUCGAGCUCCAGAAGUGGUCAAACGUGUAACGCAGGGAAAGCCAUUACCCCAAGGCUGAUAUACUGGGUGAGUUUAGAGCUGUGGGGGUGUGUACGGAACCUGGGGGUGUCCUCCGGAAACCUGGGGGGGGUGUCUAACGGAAACCUUGGGGUGGUGUGUCUACGGAAACUGGGGUGGGGUGUCUACGGAACCCUGGGGUGGGUGUGUGUACGGAACCUGGGGGCUCUUGGGCUCUUGGGUUGUUGUUGUACAAGCCUGUGUUUCUGUGUUUCAGGCUCUUGGUUGCUUGUGUACAGCUGUGUUCUGUGUUUCAGGCUCUUGGUUGCUUGUUGUAACAAGCUGUGUUUCUUCUCGCUCCCGUUCGGAGAAAGUCAAGUCGCCAUAUGUGAACGGAAACUUAUCGUUCUGACAAAUUCCAAAAUUUCCUCCAAGUUGCAUUGCUUAAUCAGAUAUAUGCUUGAGCCUGACCAUGAGAAGAGACCAGAUAUCUAUCAAGUCUCCUACUUUGCCUUCAAGUUAGCUGGGAAGGAGUGUCCGGUGCCAAAUCUCUUUAACUCUCCUCUCCCCACAUCACUUCCUGAGCCGCUCACAGCCAGCGAAUUCGCUGCUAGGAAGAGUAUGACGAAAGCCAGAAUCACAGAGUCCGUGGGCCCGACGGCAACGUCAAUCACUCCGAGACAGAGACCCAAAGCUGCAAACAGUUAUGUGCUACCCAUCCCUGUAGCCAACACGGCGGUCACCCCAGUCGCUGCCACGCCCAUCGUCACAUCUACGACUCAGCCUUCUGUACCUGUCAGCAAUGGGCAGAAAGCGACUACGCCGGGGAACGGGCAGCCGGUGGCUCCACAGACAGCCAACCGGGUCCUCCAGCAGCUGCAGCCUGGAGACCUGCGUCUGCAACAACAAGAGCAGCGACACCCCGUCCAUCCACAGCAGCUCCUUCAGUACCAGCAGGCCCUUCAGCAGUCGGUCCAACAGCAGCAGCUCCAGCAGCAGGCCCUGCUCCAACAACCGAUGACGAUGCAGCCCAUGAACCAGCAACAACAGGCCCACUACACAGCCAUGAUGCACCAGUACCAACAGGCUUUUGGACAGCACCAACAUCCCACCCAGCAGCCUUAUGUCACCUGUCCUCUGGAGUACCAGCUUCCCCCAGGCUCCUAUAACCCUGCUGGGCCUGGGCCUGUGACUGGGACUAUGUCCCCUGUUGAGCCUCCAUCCACUAACACCAGUAGAAGCCCUCUGGUGGACUUCAAGGUGACCACCCCUCCCCCCCAGACCCUGGUCACCCCCCGGAGCCUGGUCACUCCCCAGAGCCACCCUCCUGACAUGUCCCGCUGGAACCCCUUUGGAGAGGACAACUUCUCCAAACUGACAGAGGAGGAAGUGCUGGACCGAGAGUUUGACCUCCUCAGAACAGGUAAACCUCUGGAGAGAACCAGUAGCCAGGAGGUAGAUCGACCGCUGCAGCCAAUCACCCCCGCCGCCAAGCCCCUCCUCCCCGAAGACCUGUUUGGCUCCUCCCCCUUCCUGUCUAGUGCAGGUUCUAGUGUGGUGGUGAUAACUGAUCAGCCUAUUGAAGAGCUCAGUAACCCAGUCGCUGCCCCCGUACCUGUUCCUGUGGGCCAGCCGGCCCUUGAGGAAGAACUACAACCUCCGGUGGCAAAUGAGCACAAACCCAGUAGGAGGAGAAACUCUGUUGGCGGUUCACAAACGACUCACAAAACAGGAGGUGACGAAUCAGACAGUGACUUUGAGUCAGAUCCUCCUUCCCCUAAGAGCAGCGAGGGGGAAGACGAGCCGGAGGACGACGAAGGUCUGAACAACGAGCACAGAGAGUUCUUCAACGAACUGGAAGAUUUGGAGGAAACGGAGAUGCUGGGACAUAGGCCUCUGCUGAUGGACUCAGAGGCUGAGGAAGAGUACGACAAACACAGCUCAGACUCAGACUAUGAACCCAGGAAUGUUAAGGAAGGACUUACUAGGAAGCUAAAAGGAGGAGUGGCUACUGCCACCCGUGAGGGAAGUCCGAGCGUGGAGUCAGAAGACACACUAAUCACGAUUACGCCUCCCGAGUCGCCUGGUGUGGCGGCUGUUAGAGCCCUCCCCUGUGUCGGUGGCAUUGUGGACGUGUUUGGUGCGGAUGUGUUUGGUGCUGUGCCCUUCUUUCCUCCAGCGGCAGCUCUGGCAGAAAGAGCAGACAUCUUCUCCGCGGCUCCCUUCAGGCAGGUGAGCCAGGAGGCCGUAGUCCACCAGCCCAACCAGCCCAACCAGGAAGAGUUGGACGUCUUUACUAAGGCUCCGUUCAGCCGGAACCUCUCCAAAUCUGGCAAGACCGGAAGCAGCGACUUCUCUAUGGGUCGGACUCCUUCGGUGUCCCCUGAAAGCAUCGACCCGUUCGGCUUCUCCCCCUUCCAGCCCGGCCCCACGGCACCGCCACCAACCACCUCCAGGAGCGCAGAGGACAUCUUCCGUCCAGCCUUCGAGAAUUCUCUCAGCCCCCAGCAGCAGAGGCUGAAGCAGCGUAGCCUCCAGAAGUUGUCCUCACGUCAGAGGAAGUUCUCUGGUGGCACCAGCGGUGGCAGCAAUGGCAAGCGCCCCCACGGCACGCCCACUGGCGGUCGCAAGAACAACAAGCCCAGCUUCCGAACCCCCGAGCGUGUCCGCCGGCACAAGAAGGCCGGCAGGAGGGACUCCCAGAGCUCCAACGAGUUCCUUAGCACCUCAGACUCCAAGGAGAACAUCAGCGUAACGAUGGCAGACGCCGACAAAGGCAAAGGGGCUUCCCUGCCUAGCCUUCCUCAUGAGGUCGACCCCUUCGGAGCCAAUCCCUUUGGUCCUCAGGAUGGCAGCCGACUUAACCAGGGCCAGUACCAAGUGCUUCUGGGGGACAGCAAGGCAGACAUAGGUUCGGCCAAUGGCAGGCCUCGGACUAGCUCGCUCCAUGAUGCGUUUGGGGACGGGAACAUCAUGGAUGACUUUGGGGCGGUACCUUUCACAGAACUGGUGGACCACCCUGGGCCUGAACCGCAGCCGUCACAGUCAGUGGAGCUGGAUCCUUUCGGGGCUGCGCCGUUCCCCUCCAAACAGUGAAUGUCUUGCUCGUCUUCCCGCCACACACACUCUCGUCUUUCUCAARCACACACACUGCUGUGUUACACCAAGCCUAUGGAGUCCCGGGGUGAAAUCCCCUUCCAAGGGAUGGCAAUUAGCUUGUUGGUGUGGUAGUUGAUUAUAUUUUCAGCCAAAUUUAACUGCGGUCGGCAACUGCGCUAAUGUGUUUCCAAUGCUCUCCCCCCCCCCCCCUAAAGGAUAUUUCAAUACAUUAAUAACUGGACUUUGGGAUUAACAAAACCAACAUAAACCUGUGGAGUAUGUCUGAUUUUUAUUUCAGGUUCUGUAUGAAUUUCCUUCACCUGUAUCUGUUAGCUGACAWGCCUUUUUAUGCUGCGUCACAAUACGUGUCUCUUGAGACAUGGAGAUCGAUUUGGUUUCACUCAAGAUCACACUGUGUCAAACAACAAGAUUGCUCAGUUUUCMGAUUGCUUGAGUUGCUGCUGAAAAAAAAAUAAAAAAUGGUAAAGAUUGUGGCCUCCGUGAUCUACCGAUGAGAUUAAUUUUGCUUCGCGAUCUACCAAUAAGAUUAAUUUAGCACCGUAAAGCCUUAUGGACGUGACUCCGCCUUGCUGCACAGUACCUCGGAAACCAUUUGGCUAAGGAAAUGGCUAACGUUGCCUUUUGUGUCAACGGAGUGAUUCGUUUAAGAGUAGGCCUUUAUCACUUUAUCAUUUCACCCUACUUAGACCUUUUCGUUUCUAUGCACAUUUCUUUCCAUUUAGUCUACUUACAGUAGAUAACAGCUCAUUUUUUAUUUAUUUUGAAUUUUAAUUGCAAUAUAUUCACUAGAAUGAAAGGGAUUCGGUUUAUUUAAUUUUAAAGAUUUCUCUUUUAUUAUUUAGGAWUUUUUUUCAUUUUAGGUUUAAUUCCAGACUUUGAACUUGUCAAUAAGUACUGUUUAAUGUGAUKUUUUACCUCAAACAAUAAAAAAUAUCAUUUUUGAAUAAGGGGAAAAACACAACCCAUUUUCCUACAUGGCAAUACUGAGUAUAAUAUAUCUGACUACUUCCACCUCUUGUCUUUAAUCUAUUGGUAACAUAAGCCAUGCCAAAUCUCCUACCAUUUACUUGUAGUCUAAUUAGAAUCAGGUCACGUGUCCAAAUUGUUUUAAAUGAAUGCACUUUCAGCAUCAACUCUUCCAUUGGCUAGUAAUUAUGGCAAUUAUGAAUCUGAGGAUACAGAAAGGACAGAUAUGUCGCUGUCUGAUAACCCCGUAACUCAAUUUAUUUGUUUUCAUUCUAUUGAAAGCAUUAACUCUCAAUGACUCUGAUCAAGAAGCUAUUCAAAAUGGCUUCAGAAGUUUUCAUAAUUGUAUGAUUUUAAGGGGAAAAUAUGGAAUUAUUUUGAAUUUCCUGAAAAGUUUGUUUAGGAGAUGAGGUUCUCAGUGACGAUAUGUACCUACCUUUUUGGCACAUUAAUUUUUAAGGAAAAAGCUCGUAGCUGCCUUAUUCGCCUAUGGAACCCUGUGAUUUGAAUAUUUUGUUUCAUUUUUAUUUAAGGUUAAUCUUGUUUUGUAUUUAUCAUGCUAUACUGCUGUCUAAUAAUGCAAUAAACACGUUUGAUUAAA